AUGAGGCGUCCGACGACGACGACGUCUUCGUCGAUGUCGUCCUCACGGAUUCUGGAACACACCACGAUUACGUCGUCAAAAAUUAUUGGGGGGAGUAGAAGAACACUGUUUUUCAAUUAUUAUUCCUCCUCCCUAAUCCUACUACUUCUAUUAUUAUCAUCCCUCAUCCCAUCCACUGACGCCAGAACAACGGUGACGGAAGGCGGUCAACCGCUGACCGAGCUUCUCAGCUCCCUCGACCAACCAUAUCCAUGUGGACAUGUCGUCGAAGCGGAGCAUUUUCUAUCCACAGCAGUUGCCUUGAAGUUUCCGAGACUUAUUCAGUUGGCACACUUUUUUGCGAAUCACUCCAAGAAUUUCGAUCCGCAACUGUUGGAUAAGUCCUCCUUCUUGCCGUUUCCACCGUUUGAAGUCUCUUUUGCGAGAAGGACACAUUUCUAUGGAUUGCAGUUGAAUUGCACCGGUAAUAACCAUCGAUGGCUACCACGUCUUGUCUUCGUCUCACACGAUCCGAUCAACGCAAAUCGAAAAGCGUAUUUAACACUACAAUUGGAUCAAUUCGAUGUGGAUAUGUGCUCUGCCGUGAAUUGUCAUACGAAG